AUGGCCUCCAUCGAGAAAGUCACAUCAGUGAAGAAACAGGUCACGAACAAAGAGACUGGCAAAAAGACCACCGUGAAGGUGUGGAAUGACACGGUGGCCAAUUUGACGCUCAUGGCUUUGGGUUCCAGUGCUCCGGAAAUCCUGUUAAGCAUCAUCGAGCUGGCAGGUGCGAACUUCUACUCCGGUUCCUUGGGUGCGUCUACAAUUGUUGGCAGCGCCGCUUUCAACCUCCUCGGCAUUACUGCUGUCUGCAUCGCAGCUCUCCCAGAUGGCGAGAUCAAGAUUAUCAAGGACCGGAAAGUGUUCGCCAUCACCGGAACGUUCUCCGUGUUUGCGUAUUUGUGGCUCCUCAUCAUCCUUCUGGUAUUCUCACAGGACAUGGUUGAUCCCUGGGAAGGGGUCGUUACGUUUCUCUUCUUUCCUCUAUUGGUGAUUUUGUCGUACAUGGCGGACAUCGGCAUGUUCGGCAAGACCCGCAAGCCCUCGAGUCACAUCGUUUGGUCUGAGGCCACGCCGGAACAGCUGGCAGAACUCAUGAUGCAAGUGCGACGAGAUUUCGGUGAUAACUUGAGCCAGGAGCAGAUCCUGGCUGCUUUGCACUACGAGAGCCACAAGCGUCGGAGCCGAGCACAGUACCGCGUUGCAGCCGUGAGGGAUAUCUCUGCAGGGAAAAAGGUGUUGGGUAUCAACGACAAGUUCCGAGAGCAACUGGAAGCAACAAGAACCCUGACCAGAAUGACCAACGACAACAAGCCGGCUCGCACUGCUGCAUCUGGUGCUACCGUCGAGUUCGUGUCGUCACAAUAUUCUGUUCUUGAGAGCGUCGGUACGGCCAAGUUUGGUUUAGCCCGCACGGGCGAUUGCUCAGUUCCUGUAACAGUACUCUGGCGCACCCGUUGUGGCAGCGCCAAAGCUGGGAAAGACUUCAAGAUGCAGGAGGGCAACGUCCUUUUCGAAGAGGGGGACACUGAAAAGGGGUUCGCUGUUCUCGAUUUGGAGCUGGAUGUGCAAAGUCUCGAGAGUUGUCAGAGAGACGCCGGGUCCCUGCGCCGUCACUUGCGCAGUCCCCCAGAAGAGCUUUUGGACUCAUUCCUGGGCAGGCGAGGGUCAGCACGCUGUUGUGAGAUCCCAUUUGAUGGGCCGCCAAGCCGUCGCGUGCGCCUGGAGAGCUUGAGAGGACUCAGCAGGAAAGUGGAGACUGCAGUGGCUUCCGUUGACAGGCUGAACCACUUGGGCUGCAUCCUGCAUGAAACAGGCACUUGGGACCGUCGGUCUGCUCCACCCUUGCAGGAGUCUGACGUAGAGAAAUGGCUUCCGCGUCUUAUGGCCCGGACUUUGACAGCGAUUGUUGCAUUGGGUCCUGCCCCAGCGGAGGUUGAGCUCCAAUGUCUCAGUAAUGAACUUGCCGUGGUUGAAGUUGUGGAUGAAGAGGCUGUUAAUGUUGAUGCGGCGGACACUGUGGAUUCGGAGAAGCAGGAAGAGUCCGAGGACGAGAAGCCGCCUACUAAACUUGUCAGUACAGAGUUCCCAUCAAAGCCACACCGGAUAACGCUGCAUUCUGGCAGGGUGUUGCUUGUUCGAUCCAACUUGGUGUGGCAGACUCUCGCGGGCGAUGCAGGCGACUUCGUGAUAUCCUGGAUGUUUGGACGCAAGCCAGAAGUGGAUUGGUCAGUUCUGAACAAGUCACAUGGCAGCCAGGCACCGGGCCUCCUGCAGCUAAGAGCCUGGCUGAACAAGCGUCUCGAGCAGCGCAAGGAAAGCCAAAACCAUCGGAACAGGGAAUCUGAAGCUUCGGAGUGGCGAGUCAUGGUUCCAUAUGUGUAUAAGUUGAAGGCCCCGCGCACCCCUACCUCUGGAGCUGCUCGCUUGGAGGUGUUCUCCAAGGGCGAGGUUGUUCUUGGGGCCGUGGAGUCAGUUGAUGGCAGCCUCUGGUUAAAGACUCAGUCAGGCCAAGCUGUUGACGGCCAGCCAGUCACAGGGUAUAUUGCAAUUGAAGCUGAAACGGAGCAGGCCAUACAACCAGUGAAAGACUUCCUGCCAGCCUGGCAGUCUUUGUCUGCCCACAUGCCAGCUGAAUCGUCACACCAAAUCAUCGUUCGAGCUGCAUCCUGCAAGUUCGCCACUACACAUCAGGUGCGACAGUUCUGGCCUCCACACCUUGCCGGAGCUGACUUUUGUGUUGAGGUUCCGCUCGCAAGAUGGGAUCAUGCGAACCACUUUUCAGAAGAUGGAAGUGAGAGCGACAAGGCCCUCUGCAAGCACGGCGCCUUCAUGGAUGGGGCAGAGCUUUUUGACAACAAGCGAUUCCAGAUCUCGGCUGCGGAAGUCAUAUCCAUGGAUCCACAGCAGAGGAUGGCUCUGGAAUGUGCAGAGGAAGCUUUCUUCAAUAUGGGCCUGACCCGAGAGAUGCUUUCCAGAUCAGUCUCUGGAGUUUACGUCGGUGCAGGCAUGCAUGAAUGGCCUGGCACCCCAAACUGCGCUCGAGAUCCUGCUGCUGACAUGUACUCAUGCACUGGCGGUAGCACAGCAAUUCACUCGAAUCGCAUUUCCUUCAAUUUGGGACUUAUGGGACCUUCGUUGACUGUGAUUUGUGAGGGUGCAUCGUCCCUUCUGACACUAGAGCGUGGCUUCGUGUCUUUGGACCCACAGAAGUCCGACAAUGUACGCGCAUUGUCCAUGGGCGUCUCCACGAUGCUUGUUCCAUCAACUUGGGUACACCUGUCGCAACAGGGCGUCAUGUGGCAUGGAGGCCUCCAUGGACGCUGCAAGGCUUUCGCCCAUGAGGCCACAGGUUAUGUUCGCGGAGAAGGCUGUGGCUGUGUGGUUCAAGAGGUCCUCCACAAGAGUGACGGAUCAGACGAGAACUUUUUGGGAGCCUUGCGCAGUGCAUGCUCAAAACACCAGCCCAUUGCUGGUCUCCUGGACGCCCCGAGUGGCCCUGCAGAGCAGCUGCUAGUUUCGGAGACUUUGCGACGUGCUCAGCUGGAUCCGCUUUCGAUAGACGCCAUCGACUGCAACGCAGAAGGACGGCAACUGUGCGAUGCAAUAGAGACGGCAGCUAUCUCUGAUGUUUUGUGCCCGUCUGACGUCAAUGACUCGCAGAUUCGCCCAUUGACUCUAACGUCCUGCAAAUCUAGCCAGGCCCACUGCCUCGAGGCUGCUGGAAUGUGCGCCCUCCUUCGCAUCCUCAUGAGCACGAACACCGGAUGCCAUGUUGCGCCCAACCAGCACUUGUACACACUGAAUCCAAUCCUCUGCUCAACAUGCGAGUUCGAUGACUUCUUGUGCCAAGUGCCAACGGAGCUGGUGAAGUCCAGGAGUCGAGAUUCAGUCAUCGGCGUAAAGGGCCACAGCAUCGCCGGGACGAUGGGCUUGGUGCUAGCCUCGGUGACGCAACGCCAGCCCAAACAGAGAGAAGCCUUCUCUCCCGCAACUCAAGCUUUGCCAUUCUGGCCAUCGGGGAACGUUCCUUUACCUGCACACGCUGAUGCGCAGAAGGGCUAUGAGCUCCUGGGUUCCUGGAAUGGCUGGCAGGCUUCGGUUCAGAUGAUGCGGCAAGGCACAUCCGGUCGAGAACAUGUCUGGGCAGCUGAAAUUCCUGUCGCUGCCGGGGGAUUGGUGAGCUUCCAAAUCCUGCUUGAUGGAGAUCCGGAAAAGAUCCUACAUCCUGGCUGCGUGGCUGCAGGACCAAACACGCGUGUCUUGGGGCCACAUCCCUCAAGUCAGGUUGGUCAUGCGGUGUCUUGGUGCAUUGCAGCCACACAAGAGUUCAUGUGCCAGGUUGAGCUUCACAUUUCGGGCUCAUGGCGUGCAGUUGAAUCGCGAACCUGCGCUGUGCUGGUUUCUAGCCUGAAGACGGAAAAGCUGACUGCAGUGGUCGAAGUUGAAAUCAUUGAUGACGAUGACUACGAAGAUGAUCAGGAGUUCUACAUGGAGAUUUGCUCUGCUGUAGCCACCGGAAGUGUUGAAGCCCACAUCGGAGAGAAGAAGGAAGCGACUGUGGUUAUCGUCGAUGAUGACCUGCCGGGAAUUAUUGGUUUUGUUGCCGAGGAGAUCAAGGUGGAGGAGAGCCCACAGACGCAACAAGUGGAGAUCAAGAUCCGACGCAAAAUGGGUGCCUCAGGAACCGUUACGUGCAAAUACAGAACCGAAGAUGCAUCUGCGAAAGCAGGGCCGGACUACACAAAGCUGGAGGGCGAGCUGGAGCUGAAGCCAGGACAGAUGGAAGCUUCCCUUUACGUCGACAUCAUGCCAAAGGGCCGCUACGAGUCGACGGAGAAGUUCAGGGUCAUCUUGGAAGAGCCGUCUGGAGGACUUCGCUUUGAUGUAAGCAGCGAUGGCGGCAGUGAGUCCUGCGUGUGCACUGUGUGGAUCCUUGCAGACGUCUCGCACAAGCCUUUCAUGGACAAGAUUGUCUCGUCCCUGUCGCCGAACUGGGAUGAGGUAGCACUGGGCAACACAGCUUGGUUGGGACAAUUCCUUGAAGCAUUGUACUGCGGUGGUGACCGAGAAGAGCAAAGCAAGUCGUCUUGGUUCGAGUUUGUGCUUCACGUGAUGUCCCUGCCGUGGAAAGUUGUCUUUGCCCUCGUGCCGCCCACCGAAUACUGCGGUGGUUGGCUUUGCUUCUUCAUUGCACUGGUAAUGAUUGGUUGCGUCACGAUUAUCAUUGGAGAUUUGGCCUCCCUGUUGGGAUGCUCGAUGAAUAUCAACGACCUGCAGACCGCAAUCACACUAGUGGCCAUGGGCACUUCACUGCCAGACACCUUCGCAUCCAGAACGGCAGCCCGACAGGAUGAAUAUGCUGAUGCCAGCAUUGGAAAUGUCACCGGAAGUAACUCCGUGAACGUCUUCCUCGGCAUCGGUCUCCCGUGGAUGAUUGGUGCCAUCUACUGGAACAAUCUGGGAGCUACUCCAGAAUGGCAAGCUGCAUAUCCAGGGCUCGUGGACACGCAUCCCAACGGCGGAUUCUACGUGAGCUCUGAAGGUUUGGCCUUCAGCGUCGCGGUCUUUUCUUGCUGCGCGGUGGUGUGCUUUGGUGUUCUCAUCUUCCGUCGGUCCUACUUUGGCGGUGAACUGGGUGGACCCAAGCCGGCGCAGUACAUCUCCGGUGGCGUUUUGGUGCUGUUAUGGGCCAUCUACAUUGGCCUUUCGAUCUGGUUCAGCAGCAACUGA